AUGAGUAUCUCUAAUGGUUUUCAUAGUCUGCAAAUAUCACCACUCCUCGAGAAUUUGAGAGAGAGAGGAAGAAUAGUUCAUCUUGCCAAACAUAGAGUUGAUGUGAAGGUGGAGAAUAUGUUUGAAACUAAUUCUCUAACAAAGGUCUACUUUCCAAUUGGUCUUGGAAAAGUCAAAGAACCUAGGGAAAUGUCAAUGCUAAAUCUCUUUGUCUCCAUUAUAAAAAGUUUGUGUGAUGAGACUUUUCAAGAUUACAAAAUUGGUGUAAUUUCGAUGUUGUCAAAUGACAGUGGGAAAUAUUACAUAUUUGAUUUCUACGCCAAAGAGAAAGAACGAACUUGCUGAUCACGAUUCACGAAGAAGGAUAUUUUGGAAUGGUACAAAAAGUAUUCUAGGUUGUCAUCUCUACAUUGCCAUAGAGUUGUUGUUUGA